AAAAGCGAAAUGCUACACACGUCUUGUGGACGAAACGGAAAGUUAACAAACGAAUUGAAUGGUCAAUGGAACUUAAUGAAUUUUCCAGCUAUUAAUGAUUUUGAAGAAUAAAAACGUUAUGAACCAAAGAGAAACACGUAUUACCAUCAGUGCAUAAUUAUGUUUGUAUGUACGUGGUGAUACAUACAUAUGUAAAAUAUUAGUGGCUAAAAAGCAACUAGCAACAGUGAUAGUGAAAAGUGUUGUUGCCUGAAAUAUGUUUGGCAUGUAAAUUGUUACAUAUGUUUGUAUGUAUGUCGGCGUGGGUGUACAAGUGUCAUUAUCCUUAGGGCAAUAUAUAAAUACAAGCAGUUGACGGUACAAGUGUAAGUAAAAGUGUAAGCACAUAAAUCGAGUAUUACAAAUGUACGUACAUUUUGUUGGAGGCCUAUGAAAUGUUGGAAAACAAGAAAACCCCUCAGUAAAAACUGCGCAUCUCCAAAAAUUGUAUUUUUUUACAAUUUCAUUACGAAAAAUAGGCUGUUGUUUUUAAAUUACGAAAAUACUCAUAAACGUAAAUAUUCGAAUGUGCAUAUGUGAGUCGCAUAUUACUUUUAAGUACAUACAUAUUUAUGCAACAUUAAAUUAAAAAUACUCUUAUAGGCUCUCUGUGCGUUUUUUUUUUAAAUCAGCAUUCACAUAUUUGUUACACUGCGUCGUUGUGGAAUUUAUUUUAGUUUUCGGCUUUUGUUUUUGUUUCAAUGACUUUUCUGCGUCUUCGAAAUCGGCGGUGUUGAUUAUUUAUUUAUACCAAAUACUGGCUUGUUAAGUCAGCUGUGGCCACUGAAUUAACAAAAGUCGAAUAUACUUCUCAAUACCCGUAAAUGUCAGCAAGCGUAUACAGUACGUAAAGUAGAAAUAACAAAGUCAACAGCAGCAGCAGCCGCAGCAGUAGUUGAAGCAAAAUUAAUCGCAACAACAGGCAGUUGGUUCAGUGAGGUCAAUGACGAGAACGUCAUUGAAUUUAUGAACUGGUUAAAUUCAAUUGCCAAUAUUACGGCCAAAAAUACUUGCUUGGCCGCCAUUAUUUUUACAAACUCAAAUAUCUUGCCACCAACGCAACAUAAGUACAGCAACAAGUAAAGUUUUGCCUCUCAAAAAACUCAACAAUUAAGCGAAGUGAAAACGAAUUAUCGAACGAAGUACCUUCAACGUCCUUUGGCCAUCUUAAGUGUGGAAUCAAGUGUUGUGGACUGAAUAGCCCCAUACCACCGAAUAGCGUAGCUGUUGUUAUUUUGUAUUUUAUUUUCACUUACCUUUCGUUUUGCGCAUCGUCGUCGCUGUGUGAACAAUGGUUGCAAUCGAACAUCGUCAAAAGUCAUCGACAGCAGCAACAGCAACAGCCACAGCGACAUCAGCAGCAACAAUCAACAUAGCCGUACUAUCGCCAACAUCGUCUGCCUCUUCAACGUCGGCUGCUUCGAAUACUACUACGACGACCACUUCAAGUAUUCAACCUCAACCUCAACAUCAACAUCAACAACAACAACAACAGCAGCAACAACAACAACUAAUAGAGAAACCGGAGGAGGAGAAGAAGCAGUUGGUGGAAGAAACUCUGAAAAUAACUCAAAAAUCGCCAAAACAAAAGCAUACAAAUAUUCAAUCAGAUAAAAUGUCACAGCUGGAAUCACCCGCCGAUACAAAAACUUCGGAGAAACAACAACAACAUAACAAGACUGGCGGUGGUGCUGUCUCGAAGAGUGCGGUUAGUCAGCGUAAUGUCGAUAUAAAAAUUGCCAAAAAAUCGAAUUUGGACGCAGCAACCAAGGAGCUUACGAAGAAGGUACUCAAGCUGGAUUUGACGGGGAAGGAUUUAGAUGAGUUCUCCAUUAAAUCACCAAAAUCGCCAAUAGCGCGCUUGCCGCAUCAAACAUCGCUUACCUCCUCGGUCGAUGUGGAGGAUAGGAAAACGUUACGUGAGGCCUUAUACCAGGGUAUAUUUCAUCGCCAUCGAAGAACAAUUUUCGCUGUGGGUAGCUUCUUACGAAUGUUACGCAGUCGCAAUUCACAAUACAAUACCAUACGUAGCUCGUCCGAGGGCGAGGAUGUGGAUGAAGUUAGAUAAGACAAUGUUUUGUAGACACGUCAAUCUACAAAUACGAGUAUACAUAUAUACAUACAAAUACAUAUAUAUGCAUAUAAACGGAUAUAUAAAAUACAAGCCAUACAAACAUGUAUGCGUACACACAUACAUAUAAACAAUUAUAUACUUACAAAACUUAAUGAUAAGCGCAUAUGUACGUGAGCGAUAUAAAAAUGAAUAAAAAAUUGCUAUUAACAAAAUCAAAUACAGACAAAAAGUGGUGCAUAGCUGGAGUGGUAGUAGAAUGCAUAAACACGCAGAAAUACAUACAAACAUAAGAAUCUAUAAAUUUUGAUUAUCGUAUGCGCAAAAAUUCACACGUACAUAUAUAGGGAGUUACAAAACGCAUGUAAGAUAUUUAAGGGCAUAAUAGUAUGGACAAAAGGGGAAAAAAGAGUGGUAUUAAGAGGGGUUUUCAAACUAAUAUAUCUGGAGAUAUGGCAAGUAAUUCUUUUCUCACACUUUUAUGCGUGAAUAUACCGUCGCCCGUUUCUUUAUUAUGUCAAAAAAAAAAAAUUGAAGCAAAAUAAAAAAACAACGAAUCUCAAGAUUUGCAAAGUCACCUCCUUGCAUCUCCCACCAGGUGCGCCAUCUUUCUCGGCAAGAUAUACGAAAUAGUUGUAAAACUCUCUCAGCGGCCAGGAUUUGUUGACAUUUUGGAUUAAUUGGUAAGUGCUGCUCCCUAAGGUGAUUUAUAGGACUAUGCCCCAUAAAAUGUUUGCAAAUAUCCCCUAACAAAAAAUUUAGAGGGUUGGGUUAGAUUAGAUUAGCCCAUUGUAUACCAGCAUUUAGUUUCCAGCAACUAAAUAAGUUGCUUAAGCCACUUGAAUCUUUUUAAGAACGUAACUAGAGCCUACAGUGCAAUAUUUUAAAAUUUCUCCAAGACUUCAAAGAAAUAAUCGCCAAGAUAUUUGGCACGACUUGCUCGAUGUGCAGGACAUUCACAGAGGGCGUGUUGUGGCGACUCAAUUUCUUCUGCAUCUCUACAACUCCUGCAGAAGUUAUUGUGAGGCACACCAAUUUUAAUGGCUAGUGUGCCAUUAGGACAGUGACCUUUUAUAACAGGAGGACGCUGGUAGUUGAUCUGUUGAAUCCAAGCAAAUGGAGCCCCUGCAGUUAGUAGUCAGAGAUCACCUGCCAUUGGUUUCCGCGAUUACGCUCAAGUCAAUCGCAGUGUACAGUUCGUUUAAUCUUCUACCACUCGCUGAAAGUCAAACUAAGAGCCUUUCCUUGCGCACUCAUCCGCUCUUUCAUUUCCUUCCUUCACAGAAAAUACUUAAAAAUAUUAGUAAGAGUUCUAUCAGAGCACGGUCGUAUAAGAAGGCAUGCCAAUAGAAUUGGGCUACCAUAUUUUGACUUUUUCUGAGGCUGUUAGGAUGUGGAAGAGAAAUAGACAGUGGAACCUCCUCUAUGCGGGUGCAUGGCUCUGUGUAGAAGAAGGGUGAAUUUGCUUGGAAUCGCUUUUCUGAACAGCAUCGCGGAUGUUGCAUCGUUAAAAUUAGCUAGACUUACUAGAUUUAUAAAGUCCACAGGAUGGUUUGAAGAGUAUCAAGGGGAUUAAGGAUAGGAUAGGGUAUUCCGGUGGUACCACAAGGGGCCUUUAAUUGGUCUAAGUGCGUCGUUAAGAUAAUCACUUGACCUAACCUAACAGCCUGUUUUUAAUUCAAAAAUUUCUGCAUUUUGGAUAUAAAAAAGCACUAAACUGCAAAGGACUGGCAACACUGCACACUACACCCAUGUGACGUCACACAUUCUCAGAUGUGUGCAAUCUUGUUUCUAUCAUUCUUGCUUAACGGGUUAGAGGUAAUCAGAGGCCCGAAAAAGUAAUGAUUCUCUAUAAUUAUUUUUUUUGCUAGUCAAUUGCUUCAUUCUACAAAAAUCAAAAACAUAGCAUUAGGGCAUCAUACUUCGACUUGACUUUAGCAAAAUUUUCAAAAACAAAAAAAUUAAUAAUUGUAAAGUUAUCGCUGUUUGUGUGGAGCCCGUUUCUCCAGAAGUCCCUUGCAGUGAUCAUCACUAGUCCUUGGAAAUUCAUCUAAAAUCAAUCGGACGAGAGGAAUUAAUUUUAUUAAUAGAUAAUCUUGUGCCUGAUCAAAGAUGUUCGAGAAAAAAAAACCGACAAUUAAUUGUUUAAAAGAUCGAAAUUUUUAAAAACAAAACCUUGGAGCAGGCACGAGUUUUUUAUGUUUUCCAAAGCAGUAUAAAUUUUAUUGAAAUCUAUCAAGCGGUUUUUAAGUAACAGUGAUCACCAGGGCCGCCGUAGCCGAAUGGGUUGGUGCGUGAUAACCAUUCGGAAUUCACAGAGAGGUCGUUGGUUCGAAUCUCGGUGAAAGCAAAAGUAAUAAAAACAUUUUUCUAAUAGCGGUCGCCCCUCGGCAGGCAAUGGCAAACCUCCGAGUGUAAUUCUGCCAUGAA